GUAGGUACCAUGCACCUAUAUUAAUUGCACCUUCCAUGUGUAACCAACAAUGCUAUCGACGCUACCUAGUCCGUGCCUCCUACCUACCUAGGUACCUAACCUACAUUAUACUUACCCAGUAGGUAGGCAGUUACUCAAGAAUUGGCACAUUAUAAAUCAGCAUCAUUCUUUGUCUUAUUUGUGCUGGGUAAAACCCAUCCGCUAACACGAAUCACCCGCAAAAUGGCGAGCAUUGAUAGCCUCCAUUAUCCUUCACAGGCUGAACCCCUAAUCCAAAAUGGUCUCAAAUCCCGCGUAUUAUUGCCAACCGAUGCUGCUUACGCCGCCCGGAUUGAUUCUUACUGGUGUAAUAGCGCAAAAUUACGACCGUCUUGUAUCGUUCAGCCACAGUCUGCAGAAGAGGUGUCUAAAGCGGUCGUCGCCCUUGCAAAGGCGAAUCAACUCUUCGCUAUCCGUUCUGGUGGUCAUACCAACUGGGCCGGCAGCAACAACAUCACUGACGGCGUUACUUUAGAUUUGGGUCUCUUGAAUUCAACCGAGUAUGAUGAUACUAACCAGAUUGUACACCUAGGACCUGGAGGAAAGUGGAAAGAUGUCUACGACGAGCUCGAGAAACAUGGCCGUAGAGUCGCUGGCGGCCGAGAGUCAGAUGUUGGCGUAGGUGGUUUCCUACUAGGCGGCGGAAACACGUUCUACGCAUCAUUUUAUGGUUUGGCCUGCAACAGUGUUAUAGCCUACGAUGUUGUCCUGGCCGAUGGGAGAAUCAUCACUGCUGAAGCAGAGGGUGAUCAUGCCGACCUCUUCUGCGCUUUGAAAGGCGGAGGCAACAACUUUGGUAUCGUCACUCGUUUUACCAUGCGGACUAUACCAGGCGGCCCAGUAUGGGGUGGACUGGCUAUUCAUCCGUUAGAUGUCAUCCCGGCCGGUGUCAAAGGUGUAGUUGACUUCACGACCAACAAUGCAAGCGAUCUGUACACCAACAUGCAAUUUGUGGUCGGCUACCUACCCAGAUUUGGGGGCAACAUUUGCCUUACCAUAGCGAAUAACAUGGCUGCUAUUGAGAAGCCUCCUAGUUUACAGAAAUUUUUAGCAUUGCCUGAAAUUAUGAACAAUUACAAGACAACCACGCUUCAGGAAGUUAUCACAUAUUCCUCGCUCCCGCCCAACUACUACAACAUCUGGUUCACUUUGACAAUCAAGAAUGAUGCUUCUAUCAUUCUAAAAGCUGCUGAGUUGCAUGAUCAAAUGGCGAAGGAGCUCCAGGCAGGCAUUCCCGACCAGGACUUCGCCUCGCACGUCUCCUUUCAGCCAUUGCCCUAUCUAUUCGUGCAGAAGUCACAUGUUGCUAACAGUAGUGGUAAUGUACUUGGCCUUGAGCAAAAUACCGGCGAUGCUAUCGUGAUCCAAGCAUCUGUCAGUGUCCGUACCGCCGAGUUAGAGGCAUGGGCUCGUCCCAAGGUUCGCGCAUUGGUUGAUGAAGUGCGUGCCUUCGCCAACAACAUCGAGGGUGGCGUCAUGCCGUGGAUGUACCUCAAUUACUCCCAUUCCAGUCAGGAGGUUCUACAGAGUUACGGUCCAGAGAACGUUCGCAGGAUCCGAGAGGCGGCGUGGAAAUAUGACCCUGAAGGCGUCUUCCAGCGCCUGUGCCCCGGUGGUUUCAAAAUCUCAGCUUUAAAAAUCUAAUUUCUACAUUCGUCCUUGUGUGGAUGUAUGCCUUUUAGCAGGGUAGUUUACAUUAGGAAUAAUAGAGCCUAUGUUGCGCAUCCA